AUGCGUACCUCUAUUACUGUAGCUGCGUUUGCCCUUGCGGCUUCUUCCGCUGCCCAGGAAGCAGUUGAGUGCAAGAUCGUCGAGUUUCCAGUUUCAGUCACUGCCAACAACGAAGACUUUGGCAACAGCCUCGACCCGAACAGCGUCUCUUCAAUCGAUCAAUUCCUCAGUCAGGGCCUUAGUACAGGAGCCGUUGGCGUUGUUGGACAAGUUUCAACUUCUGCCAACUUCUCCAUCAGCGCCCAGUACUGUGCACCAGCAGGCGCAACUCAUCCCGAAACUUUUCCGAUUCAACUGCUGGCCCAUGGCAACACAUGCGACCGAACCGUAUGGGAUGCUCUAAGCAUACCAGAUCUCCAAGCCUCUGGUUACUCUUAUCAGCGAUUUUUUGCUUCGCAGGGAUAUGCAACCCUAGCGGUAGACCUUCCUGGUCAUGGCAAAUCGACUAUUCCUGAUCCAAACACGAUUGUUCAACUGCCGAUUGAAGCUGCAGUUAUCGACGCCAUCGCGGCCUCUCUCCGGUCCAUCAACAAUCCACUUGGGAUUUCCUUCCCUAAAGUUGUCUUUACAGGGCAUUCCUAUGGUUCAAUAACUGGUGUCGCAGCAGCCAGAUUUGUGCCGACUUUCGCCGAUGCCGUUGUUCUGACGGGCUGGUCGGCGUUUGUCCCGCUGCCGAGCCCCUUGUUGGCGCUCCAAAUGCAGCCGGCCGCUCUCCUUUUCGAUCGUUUCAACGGAUAUCCGUUGGGAUACAUCACUGCUAGUAACGAAACCGGCCAUGAACAAAGUUUCUACGCCGGUGCAUACGAUCCUGCCAUCCCAAAGAUGAGCUUUGACACACAGGAUGUCAUGACGUGUGGAGAGGGUGGCAGUCUUGGAGAGGGUUUACAGCCCGCCAUUGGCUUCACGGGCAAAGUCUUUGCUAUCACAGGGAAUAAGGAUAUUCUGUUCUGCAAUCCCAAGAAUGGUGAUUGCGCGGACCAGCUGGCGAAUUCGUCUUUUCUUUUUCCCAAUGCGACCUCAUUCCAGACGCAAGUCAUCGAUAACACUGGCCACGAAUUCAUGUUGCACACAUCCAGCACAGAAACCUUUACCAAGAUUCAGCAAUUUCUUGAGAGUAAUUUCUAA